GCGCCCCCCAACCCCGGGACUGAGUUGCCUGACCGUGCUCAAGAAGGAAGCCACCGGAAGUAGGUGUCUCUCGCGAGAAUAAGGUCCUAUUUGAACGCAUGCGCGAACAGGGCUUGUCUUUUUCCCGGCUGUCGCGGAGCAAGGCGUUAUGAGCAGCAAGGUCUCCCGCGACACCCUGUACGAGGCGGUGCGGGAAGUCCUGCACGGAAACCAGCGCAAGCGCCGGAAGUUUUUGGAGACGGUGGAACUUCAGAUCAGCCUGAAGAACUAUGACCCUCAGAAGGACAAACGCUUCUCGGGCACCGUCAGGCUGAAAUCUACUCCCCGCCCCAAGUUCUCCGUAUGUGUUCUGGGGGACCAGCAGCAUUGUGAUGAGGCCAAGGCUGUGGAUAUCCCCCACAUGGACAUCGAGGCUCUGAAGAAGCUUAACAAGAAUAAGAAACUAGUUAAGAAGCUGGCCAAGAAGUAUGAUGCCUUUUUGGCUUCAGAGUCUCUGAUCAAGCAGAUCCCAAGAAUCCUGGGCCCAGGUCUGAAUAAGGCUGGCAAGUUCCCUUCCUUGCUGACCCACAAUGAGAAUAUGGUAGCCAAAGUUGAUGAAGUGAAGUCCACGAUCAAGUUCCAGAUGAAGAAGGUGCUGUGUCUGGCAGUGGCUGUUGGCCAUGUGAAAAUGACAGAUGAUGAGCUUGUGUACAACAUCCACUUAGCUGUCAAUUUCCUGGUGUCAUUGCUCAAGAAAAAUUGGCAGAAUGUCCGGGCUUUGUACAUUAAAAGCACCAUGGGCAAGCCCCAGCGCCUAUACUAAGGCACAGCUUAAUAAACCAGCUGCCACCAU